AUGAAAGAUGAAGAAAAGUUUGCUCUAGAGUGGAUUGACACGAAGGAUGUCAAUGACGCACUGCGUCUUGAAACAAUAAGACGAGUGUUUUCUUACAAAAUGUCCAAUUGCACUCUCAGAAAGGAUAAAGCUCCGAUGUGCAUUGAGCUCAACAAACCUCCAUUGGACCCAGCAUUUGAAGAAGAAAUGAAGAUGGUUCGAUAUGCUAUAUUGAUAUCUAAAGUCAAAACCAUCCUGGAGAAAGAACAUCAAAAUGAUCCUAACUGCAACGUCAGUGGCUUGAAAGAUGAGCAAUGCCGAGAGAUUGACAUGGCCGAAGAAGAAGAUGAAAAGAGUAAUGACGAAGAUGAAGGCGAAACUGACGAUGUCGAGGAUGCAGAUGAUGAGAACGAUGAUGAUGACGAUGACAAUGAUGAUUCGGGUAAUGACGGCGAUAAUAAGGUUGACCCAACCUAUGACAGUGAAUCUCCUCUCUUGGUCGGUCCUGAUUACGACACUGUUCCCAAAAGAUCUGCAGCACAAAAAUCACCCAACAGUGAUGACACAAGGGAAGCAUCACAAGAAGUUGAAGACGUUUCAAUUGAUCAUCCUGAUGAUCUGUCUCGAGCUCUCGUCCCACAUGUUCAACCCACGGACGAGACUCCGAUAAAACGAGAGGAAGAAGUUGUACGUGAGGGCAAACUGGAAGCCUCACCAAUCCUUCUUAGCUCAGCUAGUGGUGGCAAAAAGGAUGCACCACUUCAAGAAGACCUGGUGGAAACCCCACAAACCAAUAUUGAAGAUGACUCUCCUCCAGUGUCCCCACGAAAAGUCAUUAACCUCAAGAGGGAUACAGUACAUGCUGCCAAAAUUACACAUCAGCAAUACAUGACCCUUCGGCAAUGGGACACCGUAGUUCUGGAAAACUUAUCCAAGAAGGUGGAUCGGUUGAUGGCUGCUCAAGCUUAG